AUGUUGGGAGCAAAUCGAGCAACAUCGGUGGCUGUUGUGCACGCCGCCAGCCGUACUCGAGCAACCUUGCCGGCCAUUCAAUUUAUCUCAGUCCGCACAUUCGCCGACGUCGACAUUGAGCAUGGUCGUAAAGAGUGGAAAAUACUGGGCGAUCUCAAGAACUACAAACCAAGCCGCAAAAAUGACGAGGAAGCCCCGUCGGCGCACGCUAUUUUGCUCCGUUCGCACAAACUUAAAGAGGAAGAGGUACCGCCGACGGUUCGCGCUAUCGCGAGAUGUGGUGCUGGUACAAACAAUGUACCCGUUGCUCGAAUGACCGAACUGGGAAUUCCUGUGUUCAACACGCCAGGAGCCAAUGCCAAUGCUGUCAAGGAACUGGUGUUAUGCGGUUUGCUUCUUGGAAGUCGUCGUGUGGUGGACGGCAUCAAUCAUAUGAAGGAUCUGGGAAACCAAGGUUUAGCUAGGGAACGCGUUGAAAAAGACAAAGCCAUGUUUGGUGGUCGUGAGAUCAAAGGGAAAACACUUGCCGUGAUUGGACUUGGUCAUAUCGGAUCAAUGACUGCCCGAGAUGCCGCUGAACUCGGUAUGAACCUGCAGGGGUAUGACCCCGGUCUCUCGGUACAGUCUGCGCUCAAGCUGCCGACCUCGAUAUCACUUUGCGACUCUAUCGCAGCAGCUGUCGCUGGGGCAGAUUAUAUCAGUAUUAACAUUCCGUACAUUAAGGGUGAAGGGGGAACGCAUGGCAUUAUCGGAAAAGACGUGAUUGAAAACUUCAAGGCGGACGCAGUUUUGCUGAAUUUCGCUCGCGGUGAAUUAGUCGACUCUGAAGCUAUGAAAGUGUUCUUGGACAGUGGCAAUGGUCGAUAUGUUUCCGAUUUUCCCGAUGAUUUGUUGUGGGACCAUAAAAAUGCUGUGAUUCUUCCCCACCUAGGAGCGUCUACUGAAGAAGCAGAGGACGCUGCUGCGUCCAUGGCCGCCGACACUAUUCGUGAUUUUUUACAAACUGGUGCCAUUCGCAACUCGGUGAACUUCCCUACUUGUUCUCUAGGUGAAUGCUCAGGUAGUACAGUGCGUAUUACCGUGGUCAACUUAAAUGUUCCCGGGUGCCUUGCCAAGAUUACGGAUGCCGUCGCCAGUGAAAAUUUCAACAUUGUCCAGCAAAUUAAUCAGUCGCGCGGUAACAUCGCCUACAGUGUCCUUGAUAUCGACACAGAAGGACAUAAUGCUGUCGCAGAUUUCAAAUCAGUGCAAGAGAAAAUCACCAUGCUGGAGGGCGUAUUGUGCAGUCGCAUCAUUUACGAAGGAAAAACUCCGGGAACUGGGUUCGCCAAGAAUCUCGAGGGAGAAUACUUCGUCUAA